AUGUAUCCUCUUCUCCAGCGGCCUGUUCUUGUCUGUCUCUGUCGUUUGGAGAUAAAGAUUGGACUUCUUCUGAGCCUCAGAUUCCUUGCAACCCUGAAGAGGAGUUCAGAUAGAUCUACUAACUCUCUCUCUCUCCUACUGCCGCUUUGGGGCACCAGAUGUAGCUUCGCUUCACUGGGCCACUUCGAUUGCACCCUCUAUUGUGGUUCCGGUUUCGCUCCUGACCGGAUGCACCACCAGCGAAGUUGUCGGCCUCUUCAAAUCAGAGAGGCGUGCUCA